ACCGGAGCAGUGGCUGUGCAGGCGAGGAGAGCUCGGCACUGGCUCCAUGGGAGAGGGUCCUUUGCCUGUCAGAGCCUUCCCGGCUGGGAGAAGCAGUGCCGCCGGCUCUGGUCCCAGAGCCCCAUCAGCAGAGCCCGUGGCGAAUUAAUCACUUGCGUUUUAAAUGCCAAUACAGCCCUUUCUGCCUUCUUCCCCCAGUGAUGCGGAUGCGGCGAAGGCAGCAAAUCCUCCGGCUGUGCGUGCCCUCCCCGGACUGCCGCUCCAUCCCCGCCCGCCGUGCCCGCGCGUGUGCCUGGCCGGGAGCGCUGCCUAGGUGCGGCCGGGAAUGAGACAGCUGCGGGCCGAGGAACGGAGCAGCUCCAAGGGCUGACACCAGCGGGGGAUACCCCCCACACAAACACGUCUGCAGGGCUGCGAGUUGCUCGAGGACCGGGGUCUUUCGUGCCUCCGCUUGGCCUGUGUCAUGCCCCGCAUGGAAGCUGGGAGCAGUCACCCCUCCAGAGGCAGAAGGCGAAGUCGUUCGCAAUGAAUCCAUGGCAGCUUCGAUCGAGCGGUGAGCUGGAGCACCUACUCACAGGCCACUCCUUCAUGUGACUGAGCAGAGACCUUUCCCAGCACUCGCCAAGGAGAGCAGAGCCCUGGAUUUACCUCCCGCGCCCCGGGCCCCCCCAGCGCAGGCACUGUGAGAUUCCAGUGACAGAUGGAUCUCUCUUGUGCACACUUGCUCUUUCCCUUUUUGUAUUUUUGUUUUCGACAUGUUUGAUCCGAAGCUCUGAAGCUUCUCAGAGGGAACCCAGGAAAGAAGGAAGAGAAGGAAUAUAAACCAAGGGAGCGUGAGCGACACAGGAGGCAGCCCUGCCUUGUUCUUCCAAAUCACACUGUGGAGGGGCGGGGGAAGACUUAGAGGGGGGAAGACUUGGGUUUGUUUUGGGGUGGGUUUGGUGUGGGUGGGGGGUGGGUGGGAGGGGAGAAAAGUGGAAAAAGCGUGUGAGUCGCUCAUGAACAUCAAAGAAGAUUCAUUAUCUUUGGCCUGAAUUUUUGUUUAGAAAAGAAGCACAAGGUAGUUCCCUUCCAGACCAAACAUCCAUGGUCAUAGCUUUUGAGUGUUCCAGAAGAAGAUUGCAUGUGUUCCCCUUUCUCUAUGCUCCUGGCUUGACCCAGAGGGCAAGAAGAAAUAAUGAUGAUGACAUCUGAUAGGACUGGGGUGCUCAUUCCCUUCCAUUGCUAAACCCCAGUUCCUGCCCCCGGUUUCUUUUUGCUGUUGUCCUGACAUUUGGCGUUGGUUUUUGUUGGGGAUUUCUUUUCCCCCAUCCCGAUGAGGGCACCACUGCAGACCAUGCUGUGCCUGGGGUUGUGGGCAGCUGCCCUGCUCUGCUUGUUUUCCCCUGGCGCCGUGCGAGGUGACUGCUGGCUGAUUGAGGGGGACAAAGGGUAUGUGUGGCUGGCCAUCUGCAGCCAGAACCAGCCCCCGUAUGAGACCAUCCCCCAGCAUAUCAACAGCACGGUGCACGACUUGCGUCUGAACGAGAACAAGCUCAAAGUGGUGCUGUACUCCUCCCUCAACCGCUUCGGCAACCUGACUGAUUUGAACCUGACCAAGAAUGAGAUCUCCUACAUUGAGGAUGGAGCUUUCAUGGGUCAGUCAAACCUCCAGGUCCUGCAGCUGGGCUACAACAAACUCACCAACCUGACAGAGGGCAUGUUGCGGGGCAUGGCCCGUCUCCAGUUCCUCUUUGUGCAGCAUAACCUAAUUGAGCUGGUCACCCCCACUGCCUUCUCCGAGUGCCCCAGCUUGAUUAGCAUUGACCUGUCAUCCAACCGCCUCAGCCGUCUGGAGGGCAACACUUUCACCAGCCUGAGCAACCUGAUGGUGUGCGAGCUGGCUGGCAACCCCUUCAACUGUGACUGUAGCCUCUACAGCUUUCUUAACUGGCUGGCUCUCUUCAACAACGUCACCAAGAACUAUGACCGCCUCCAGUGUGAGACUCCACGCGAGUUUGCUGGGUAUCCCCUUCUGGUGCCUCGGCCUCACCACAACCGCAAUGCCAUCACCAUCUUCCAGUCCAUGUGCAGAGGGGGCACCAUCCCCUCCCUCUCCAGGGUCAACCCAACUCCUUACACCCCUGACUCCCAGCGAGAUCUGGAUGAGGGGUCAGCCAUCAGCCCUGGGGAUUUCCUCUCAGUCAAGCCUCCAGCCUCUUCCACCACUGACUCCUCCUUCAGUCCCAGCAUCAAGCUACACGAUGUCACCAUCACUUCAGCCAUCCUGAUGGUCACCAUCCCCAUGCCCUACAGUAAGAUGUAUGUGCUGGUCCAAUACAACAACAGCUAUGUUUCUGACAUAGCAACUCUGAAGAGCAAGAAGGAAUAUGUCACUGUCAACAAGCUGAAGGCCCACACUGAUUAUACAUUCUGUGUGGCCUCUAUCCGCAACAACAGGCGUUACAACCAUACUUGCCUGACAUUUGCCACCCGGAGCAAAGGCAGGGAGGAUCCUAUUUCCAGUACUUCCACCACUACACACUAUAUUAUGACCACCCUGGGCUGCCUAUUUGGGAUGGUCAUUGUCCUGGGGGUGGUGUACUACUGCCUGCGGAAGCGGAGGAUGCAGGAGGAGAAACAGAAGUCACUCAAUGUCAAAAAGACCAUUCUGGAAAUGCGUUAUGGAUCAGAUAUUGAUACCAGUACCAUGGUCCAUCCUUCCCAGAAGCUGGGUGAGCCACCUGUCAUUCCUGUCUCACGGAUGUCCUCCAUCCCUUCCAUGAUUGGGGAGAAGUUGCCCCCAUCAAAGUCAAUGGACGCUGGGAUGGAGACUCCUAAGGUCACCACUAAAGGUAACUACAUUGAGGUGCGGACUGGUGGUGGGGACGGGCUGGAGAGAACCCAGCGAGAUGAGGACCUGAGGGAGCUGGACAAUGGGCAAGGCUCAGCUGCUGAGAUCUCUACUAUAGCCAAGGAGGUGGACAAGGUCAACCAGAUCAUCAACAACUGCAUUGAUGCCCUCAAGCUGGACACAGCAUCUUUCCUGGGUGGUGGGACUGGUGUUGACUCAGACAUGGCCUUUGAGUGCCAGUCCAUCCCAGCCGGUUCCUCGAGUGGGCUGGAGCGGCCCAGCUUUCUUUCCCCACCCUAUAAGGAAAGCUCCCACCACCCUUUGCAGCGCCAGCUCAGUGCUGAUGCUGCUGUGGCCAGAAAGACCUGCAGUGUCUCCUCUAGUGGCUCCAUCAAAAGCGCCAAGGUCUUCAGCUUGGAUGUGCCUGACCACCCACCACUCAGCAAGUCUGAUUCCAAAUACAUCGAGAAGGGCAGCCCACUAAACAGCCCUUUGGAUCGUCUUCCCUUGGUGUCUCCGAGCGCCAUCCACCACUUGGAGGUCAAGCCUUCUUACCAUUGCAGUGAGCACCGUCACUCCUUCCCGGCCCUGUACUACGAGGAGAGCGCUGACACCUUGAGCCAGCGGGUGUCAUUCCUCAAGCCACUGUCCCGGUCCAAGCGAGACUCCACGUACUCCCAGCUCUCCCCCAGACACUACUUCUCGGGCUACUCCUCCAGCCCCGAGUACUCCUCAGAGAGCACCCACAAGAUCUGGGAGCGAUUCCGGCCUUACAAGAAGCAUCACAGGGAGGAGGUUUACAUGGCAGCUGGGCACGCCCUACGGAAGAAAGUUCAAUUUGCCAAGGAUGAGGAUCUGCAUGACAUCCUGGAUUACUGGAAAGGAGUCUCUGCUCAGCAGAAGCUGUGACUCUUCCUCACAAGGAAACAAUACAAACCAAGACCCCCCUCCAACAACCAGAAAAAAAAAAGCCACUUGACUGUGAAAAAUAAACCAACAACAAAAUACUCCUGACAAAUACAAAACUGACAAAACAUUUUCUUAAAGUUUACAACAACUCUUACACACACAGACACACACACGGACACACACACAGACACACAGACACACACACACGCCGAAUUGUCUCUACUGUGUUACGGGGACCAUUGUUCUGCCCACAGGUGGUUGGGAGGAGCGUCCUGCUCUGACACUGUGUUUGAAGUGUGGGUGGGUGGGAAUGGCCUGGGAGUGGGUGGCAGUGGUGGCAGGAGAAGGGCAGGGAUGGACACUCACGGGGCAUGAAACUCAGCUGUGAACUAUUCAUCUUUCUGUUCCUGUUGAAGGCUGAUUUUUCUUUUGGGUGGGAGGGAAGGACUUUGGUUUAGAAAGCUUCCUUGUCCACCUUGUACACCUGCUAUGCCAAAUCUUCCAUCACUAACUUUUCCCCUCAUUUUCUUUAGCAGUGGAGGCUUUUCUCUCUCUCCUGUCCCCUUCUAAGACAGAUGGAAAUUGCUGGAAGAAGUUCUCUCCCUUUUUUUCCUUUGCUCUUCCCUGUCCCUCUCUGUUAAGGGUCCCUAGGUUUGAAUUUCCUGACUAGAUACUUCACAAAUCUCCAUCCUCCUCAGAGGAAGGAGUAGAGAUGUGAAGGACCAAGGUGGGUAGGUCAACAGUAUAACAGGUUCCGUGUCCCUGCUGCUCUUCCUCCUUCCCUUCUCCUGCCAUGUUGCUGCUGAUGAGCACCAGCAAUUCUGGAGGGACAGGCAUUCUCCAGGCCUUCUCAGAGCCAGUUUUCUGCCAGCUGGUGGGGAGAAACGGGUUAUGAAUGUUCUCUUUGGCACGGCAAACCAGGUCCUCAAGGAGUGGUGGAGGAAAAGGCAGGAAGGCCUGGUCUCUCAGAGGUGUGUAGGGCUCCCAUCUCUCCAUGAGUGUUACAGGUCAGAGGUCCUCCUCACCACACACACCUGUGCUCAGGCUGCCCUUGUGUAGUCAGUAUAAUAUUCCCUGUUCAUGUCCCUCUUACUCUGAGGAAGGGACGUGGGGAGGACCUCAGCAGAACCAGUUCUCCAUGGAGCUUCUGCGGCUCUUCCCAAAUGAUUUACAACAUGGGCUGUGGGGUGGGUGUCCAUGAGAAGAGCAUCAUCCAACCUCCUCACUUGCAGGUGUAUGUGAAGAGCAGGAUUUCAGUUGCUCAUCUCAUUGGGUUGGCCUCACAAAGAAUCUUUCUCUUGUAUAGACUGUGGACAUUCUGGCAUAGGGGACAGCCUAGGGUGAAGACAGGAGCACAGGGAACAAACAGGAUGUGAGAAUGGGGCUUGGGAGUAGCCCAAGAAGCAUGGCCUGGAAGAAGUUCCCUUUGUGUGUGCAGCCCCUCCAUGUGUGUGGUGUAGAAGAGGACAUGGAUGGCAGUGUUCCUUUCACUGCUUAGAGGCUCUCGUGUUGCCAUGAGGGCAACAUAUCAUCUCCUAAAUCCUCCACCUGUUCACAUAUGUGACAGACUUUUCUUAGGGAUCCUUUCACAUUUUGACAAAAUCCCAGUUGGACUUGCUGGGUCUCAAUCUCUGCCUCUUGGGUAGAAGGUCUGUCACAGAGUUGGGAAUGAGCCUACUGCCCUCUCCAUCUAGUCCCAUUUUUGAACAACCCAACAAAGCACAAUCUUGGCACUAUCUCCCUCAAGGUUUUUCUGUCAGGCACAUCUUUAUGCAACACAGUGAGCCUCCUCUCCAUGAUCUGGCCAACACCUGACCUGUAGUUCACCUCUAUCAGGAUGAGGGCCUAUGUUAUGUUGGCCCUCCCUAAGUAGUUAUUUCCUCUUUGGAGUGCUCCUCAGAAGACCCAGUGUUUUUGGGGGCCCUGGGAGAAGGAUGAGGGUGUAGGAGCUUCUCUAGGA